AGGCAUGUUUAUGGCUUGAUUUCUUGCUCUAUAUAUAGUCUCACGAAACGCUAGCUAAAGCAGCCACUCAAACACAAAAACUAGUGUAGUAUUAGAGUAGAGAUGUCUCCGAUUGCCUUAGCUGCAAUUAUUGCUUUGGUUUCAUUUCUUUUUCUUUCCAAGUUUCUCAAGAAAGUUCACGGUUCCAAGAAUCUGCCGAAAGGAUCUCUGGGCUUCCCUUUGAUCGGAGAAACGAUAAGCUUUCGCCGUGCUCACAAAAAAGAACAAGGCGCUGAAUGGAUCAACAAGAGGGUAGCAAAAUACGGACCAAUAUUCAAAACAUCCUUAAUGGGUACUUCAACUGUAAUCAUCGUCGGUGUAGCUGGAAACAAGUUUGUUCUAGGUUCCGGCGACGAUGUCUUUGCUACUAACCGACCAAAGCGAAUAACUGCCCUCCAAGGAAAAUACAACAUUUUUGAGCUCUCUGGUUCAAGGUACAGAUUGGUUAAAAGGGCGAUGCUAAGUUUCUUACAACCUGAAAGUUUACAGAACUAUGUCAAAAGGAUGGAUGAAUUGGUCACCACCUCGUUGCUGAAAGAAAUAAAAGAGAAAGACAGUACCAUCAAGAUCGUGAAUUUCAUGCAGAAGCUCACAUUCAGCGUUGCCUGUGACAUCCUUUUCGAUAUCAAUGACGAGGCAACAAAAGAGGCAUUCUUAGAUGAUUUCCGUAUACUUUUCAAAGCACUUGGCUCUUUUCCGAUAAAGUUUCCCGGGUCGGCUUACUCUCGGGGAUUGGAAGCCAGAGCAAGGAUUUCUAAUCGACUCUUACCGAUUCUGAGGAAGAGAAAGGAGGAGCUCUCUACGGGUGUUUUGAGUUCAACGAACGAUGUCGUGUCUUGUCUACUUGCACUAAAAGGUGAAAACGAAGAAUCCAUUUCAGAAGCAGAGGUCGCGGAUAAUUUCAGCAUCCUUUUAAUUGCCAGCCAUGAUACAACUGCUAUUCUUUUGAGUUUGGUGGUAUGGAAGCUAUCUAGAGAUAAAGAAACAUACACCAAAGUUCUGCAAGAACAAAUGGACAUAUUAAGAGACCGAGAAGCAGCAACGAUAGAAGAAAAUUUAACCUGGGUUGACAUACAAAAGAUGAAGUACACAUGGCAAGUUGCUCAAGAAAUGAUGAGGAUGAUACCCCCUGUUUUUGGUAUCUACAGAAAAGCACUUAAAGAUACUAACUUCGGUGGCUAUGAUAUCCUCAAAGGAUGGCAGGUCUUUACCGUAGCCCAGGGAACGCAUAUGGAAAAGGAUAUAUUCAGUAGUCCCAUGGAGUUUGAUCCAUCUCGUUUCGAUAAGUCAUCAAAACCAAUACCACCGUACGCUUUUAUUCCUUUUGGAGCUGGACUUCAUAGCUGUAUCGGGAAUGAAUUUGCCAGGAUUGAAACCUUAACUACCAUACAUAAGUUGGUUACAAAGUUCGAGUGGUCACCAAUGCAUCCUGAUGAAACCAUUACUCGUAAAGCAAUGCCGUAUCCAUCAAUGGGUCUCCCGAUCAAAAUCAAACCAAGGAUUCCGACAUGAAUGGCUUGUUUCCGUCGGUGUUUCGUAGCUUGUACUAAUGUUCGAUAUACUCUAUUGGUGGAUUUAAGUUUGCAAUUUGGUAGUGCUAGACUAUCAUCUAUUGAAUAAAAUCCAAUAAUCAAGUGAUCCAGUUUUGCUC